CCCACCCCAGACAGUCUAAUACUAUCCUUGAAAGUCCAGGAGACGCUAAGUUUACACUUUAGGUGGUUUGAUAUUUCUCUGUAAUCGCAUAAAUGAAAAUACGACCAGCUAGUAACUUCUAAAUCCACCUGUUUUUGUUUUUUCUUUAGCAGUAUAUUAUAUAUGAUGACGUAACCUAGCCCUAGACACUGUAGGUGCUAUGUGUUUUAUCAGUCAACUUGUUCUAACAGGAUAAAAAGCACGUGAUUCCCUCGCGUUUUGAUAAACAACGCUUGAUAGCUCGAACUGUGCUCUUCCCACUUCCACAUCCCCUGUACCCAUUCCACAAUGAAGCCGGAAAUAUCGCUAAAACUCCGCCCACCAUUCUCGUUACAUGAUGGCUAAACAAUAGGUUGGAAUUUUCACCAUCCCGAAUCUUCUGUCAGCAUAGGAAGCGAACGACGUUGUCACCUGUUGUAUAAGGUAUGUGUGAUACAUGCGAGCUUUGACCAUAAGUUAUGGCCCGUUGAGAACGUCAGCCAGCAACUACAAUGAUCACUAGCUCACACUUUACUCACUAACCCAACAGCAGUACAUUAGAGCGACGCGUUGCCUUGGAUACACGUCUAGGAAGCGGUUGUCGUAUGUUCGGAGUGUUUGACCUGUCGUAUAUCCUACUGCACGUUCGUCAAGUGUUACUUACGAAACAGAUCGAACACUGAAUUUACAGAUGAACCGUAGCGGCGGUGGUGAAGUGGGAGAGGAAAAGAUUUCUUCUCGUUUUGGAGCGUUGAGGAAUUAAACCCUUUAGCCAUUUCUAUCACGAUGUCGUUUUGGAAGUUUUGGGAACCCAAGCCGAAGAACCGCAAGGAACAAGUAGCAAAUAACUCUGAUGUGAGCGCUGCCCAAGACUCUCACGAUCAAAAAGAUUCUCCGAGUUUUGAACGAAAACGAAGUCGAAAUCAGAUGUCAGUAUCGAGGUCAGGACGAUACAAGCAAAGGCAGCGUCGUCGCUCUGGCAUUUUAGACAACCCAACUCUCUCAGUAAAAACACCCGACUCUCCCGAAGCAACUGAUGACGUCCAGAUCGGUGGUGACCAUACAGUGGAGAAGUGCUUCACCACUCCUGCAGACCAAUGCGAACAAGAUAGUGUACAGAAUUGUUGGACAGAACAGGAAAAAGUGCGUGUGUUUUCUCCUCCUGUCGACCUGUACAAUGAAAAGUUUCUAUAACAGCAUAGGCCUUGUUAAUUUGUUGAUAGAAAAUUAAAUAAUUAACAGUGCAGUAGAAUAAGGACACGCUUAUGACUCGGUACGUGAUUUUUGGUUUAUUACACUUUUCUACACAUUAUCGUGCACUCCGUGAUAGUAUGUUGUAUUAUGGUUAGGCUUAGUGGAAAAAAAAAGACAAAGUUUUAAACCAUCACGCAUGAACUCGUUCUGUGGGUGGGAAAAAUCACUCCCACGUGCGUAGCAUUGAUUGUGAAAUUUUUAAACCAAAAAUUAUUGAUAGUUACAAAAUUUUGUUCAGUUGUAAAAACAAACCGUAAAAAUGAUGUAUCGCUUUUAUUAAGGUGAGAUUUUAAGGUAAUAACUUAAGUAAAAACAAACCGUAAAAAUGAUGUAUCGCUUUUAUUAAGGUGAGAUUUUAAGGUAAUAACUUAAGUAAAAACAAACCGUAAAAUGAUGUAUCGCUUUUAUUACGGUGAGAUUUUAAGGUAAUAACUUAAGUAAAAACAAACCGUAAAAAUGAUGUAUCACUUUUAUUACGUUGAGAUUUUAAGGUAAUAACUUAAGUAAAAACAAACCGUAAAAAUGAUGUAUCACUUUUAUUACGUUGAGAUUUUAAGGUAAUAACUUAAGUAAAAACAAACCGU